AUGUGGAAACGUUCGCCUAGAUCGGACUCCAAGUCUGGGAACUCAACUCAACAACUGACUGAGCUGGGAUUCCUAGGUCGGAAAAAGUCAAAAUUACAAUCGGACUCUCGUUCUCCCCUCCGUUCAUUCCGUUCAUUCACUCGAGGCGCGGUAGAACGACCUUCUAGUAGUCUUUCCAACCAGACUGACUUCGCCCCAAGAGCACCUGCUUCGAUCCAUUCCGGUUAUCCAGAGUCUGGUCAGCCUGCGCUUUCCAAUCGCUCACGAGCAUCCUUUCAUUCACGAUCUGGAAUCCAAACCGGCCCUAUGGAGGUCGACCGCACCCGCACUCGGCGGGAGAGAACUUUCAUCGGCAGCGAAUGCGCCGUCUGCGAGGAACCUUUGGAACAUACCCUACGAGGCGAGCGUAUCCUGCAACUAUCCUGCUCACAUGUCUCCCACGAGGCCUGCUUCUACGAAUUUCUCAGAGAAUGCGACGGACAAUACUGCCCCACCUGUGAUGCGCCGUUGGCCUUGGACACGAGUCGCGGUGGCAAUGUUUUGGAUAUAGAAAAAAUCAGUAAUAUCGUGCGGUCUGUGACGGGAAAUGAUAGCGCGACCAUGCGGAGUGGUCUCACCACACCAACUCCGUGGGAGCAACAGUCGACCCGACGAGCACCAAGUGAUGCAGGAAGUCGUUACACUGGCGCGCGAGAACCCUCUUAUAACCCACCGGCCAGGGAGCCAUCGUAUAAUUCGUCGGCUAGAGAGCCAUCUUACACUCCCUCAAGGGAUCCGUCCUACACCCGACGCGACAGCCGCGACACCAGCAGCCAGCGCGAUCGCGUGGAACGAUUGACCGUCGCCUCUCAUCCUCGUCAACCGCAUUCUCGCAAUGGCAGCGCGGCAGGCUCCUCCGGCGAAUACACCGAAGGCCAGCACACCAGCAGUGGGCGACGCCAUGACUACGAUGUGCAGGCAAUGGAAUCGGACCUCAGUGCGCGCCCGGGAGUCGCCAAGAAUCCCAUCCCCGCGCCGAUCGUCACCGUCCGCAGCGAGUUCCCUACCAUGAACCGAUCCCGCCAGCAACAGACUCUCACAUGUUUAAUUACGGUCGAGGUGCCAGAGGCGAAUUGGCGUCCUGAUGUGGAAGAUCUGCGGCAUACGCCAUCCGGCCAGUCACAGCCGGAUGAGCCAUAUACGGGACGGUAUGGUGGACAGGACGCUCGGUCGAUCCAGCACGAGCCAAUGGAGAACUUGGAUGAGGUUGCGGAAGAAUUGCGCACCCGGGUGGACAAUUGGCAUGGUUUGGAGUUCCCUCGAUUUGGCAAGUUGCGUCUCCAUGGACAUAUGCGCGUGGGCAAAGAUCGGGAUUCCUGGCAGGAGCUGGAGUGCUACUUGUUCGGGGAGAUGCUUAUCUGUGUCAAGGAGAAGAAGUCGUCUGAUUCGAGUCAGUUCGAUGAGAGUGGACGACGCAAGCCUGUCCGGUGCUCGCUCAAGGGUUCGAUUCUGAUUAAGAAGCAUCUCAAGUCGAUUGAGGCUUCAUCGGAUGAGCCCGUUCUCGCUUUGAACCUCUCUGUCAAUGAAUUGCCCUGCUUCUAUCUGCGGUUCCAGAACCGCAACCAAUUGGAGAUGUGGCGUCGCUCCUUGAUCGACUUGCAUCCUGUGGAGAACAUCUCGCGCCAGAAUGAUUACGACUAUGACAACUCUGGAGAGGAGGAGGACUACCGUACCAACCGAAUCCAGCGACAGGCUUCUAUCAACUCAUCCUACGGUGCAUCCAAGUCCAACAAUACCGCUAUCACGGACUACACCAACCCGGACAUGGAAGCUCCUCCCAUCAAUACUGUUCACAUUCCUCUCGAUAUCGUUGUGGUCAUUCCAGUGUCUUCGUCCAUGCAAGGCUUGAAGAUUACGCUGCUUCGUGAUGCCCUCAAGUUCCUUGUUCAGAACCUUGGCCCCCGGGACCGCAUGGGACUGGUGACAUUCGGCUCAAGCGGUGGUGGUGUGCCCCUGGUGGGUAUGACCACCAAGUCAUGGUCUGGAUGGCCCAAGAUUCUCGAUUCGAUCCGGCCGGUUGGCCAAAAGAGUCUGCGCGCAGAUGUUGUCGAAGGAGCUAAUGUGGCCAUGGAUCUUCUGAUGCAGCGCAAAUUCAACAAUCCCGUCUCCACCAUUCUCCUCAUCAGCGACUCCUCCAUCUCGGACCCUGAAAGUGUCGACUUUGUCGUGUCUCGCGCGGAAGCAGCCAAAGUCAACAUCCACUCCUUCGGUCUCGGCCUGACCCACAAGCCCGACACUAUGAUCGAGCUCUCCACCCGCACAAAGGGCUCUUACCUGUACGUGAAGGACUGGAUGAUGCUGCGGGAAUGCACCGCCGGAUGUCUAGGUGCUUUGCAGACAACCUCCCAUCAAAAUGUCAAGUUAAAACUCCGCCUUCCAGAAGGAUCCCCUGCCAAGUUUGUCAAGAUUAGUGGUGCUCUCCACACCACGAAACGUGCCACCGGCAAGGACGCUGAGGCAGCACUCGGAGACCUCCGAUUCGGUGACAAACGCGAUGUCCUUGUCCAGCUCGUCAUCACACCCGACAACACUACUCAGGACAACAUGCCCCAGGAUCCUUGGGAGAGCUUAGUCUCCGGACUGGAAGCACUCGGCGGCGGCCCAGAUGGAGACGAAGCACGCGUGGUCAGCGUGGAGGAGGUCCCUCUCAUCCAAGCUGAUCUCACCUACGGCGAUCUCCUCCGUGACGGUCACCUCACCCACUCCCCUCGUCCCUCUCUUCUCGCCAUCACCAUGCUCCCCCCGAACCCGCGAGCCAAGAGCGGACGUCCCUCAACCCCACCAAUCCCACCUCACCCCUCAAUCGUGCAGCGCCGCAUGGAGCUCCUUACCUCCGACAUGUUGACUCGUGCCUUGACCCUGGUUUCCCGAGGCCAGCACGAUCGUGCCAUGCACCUCCUCAAUGAAACUCGCAGUAUUCUCAAAGGUCUAGGCAAGGGUGGUCUACCGCCUCUGCCACCAGGUGCUUCCCGCAACCCAGGCAGUGAUGCUGGCAGCCGCGGCGAUACCCCGAUCUCAUCCUCCCCCAAGUCAUCGACUUUCGGCGAGACUCAUUCCCCGGCAUCUGAGACAAAUACCAUUACUCCCACAUCGUCUGUUGACACCCAGACCAUGACUGCCCUCAACGCGGAUCUCGAAUCAUCCCUUGAGUGGAUCAACCACCCAGCUGUGUUCGGCCGUGAUUCUCGCAAGGCCGUGCUGCAGAGUAUCGGCGUGAUCUCCUCCCAGCGCGCUUACACAUUCCGCACACCUUCCGAAGCACACUGGGCCCAGCGAGUCUCAGGUGUCCGUCGAUUGACCGAGCGGUCCCAGGACUGGCGUGAAACCGGCGAUGACGCUCUGACCGAGGAGUGA